AUGGACGGCGUCGUGGGAAAUGCGCCGCCCGGCAGCAUGUACGUGCGAGCCCUCUACGACUACGAGGCCGACGACAGGACCAGCCUCAGUUUCCACGAGGGCGAUGUCAUCCAGGUCAUCACCCAGCUCGAGAGCGGCUGGUGGGACGGAGUCAUCAACGGCGUGCGCGGCUGGUUCCCCAGCAACUACUGCCAGGCCAUCACCAGCCCCGACGAGUUCCCCGACGUUGGCCAGAACGGCCAACAGGUCAUCCACCACCACAUUGAAGAGGAGGUGGAGGAAAACGACAUUUACGAUGACGGCGCCGACCCGGACGAGGAUUCCGAGGGCGAAGGCUUUGGCAGCUUGCCGCUCGAGGGCGCCAACAUGGGCGACAAGUCGCGCGCCGACUUCUGGAUCCCGCAAGCCACGCCGGAUGGCCGACUCUUCUACUACAACAUGAUGACCGGCGACCGUAGCAUGGAAUUGCCGCUCGAGUCUCCCAUUUCAGCCGCCGAGACAGGCCCCAGGGACCGUAUGAAUGUUGCCAUGCCGGAGAAGACGCGACCACCGCCGGAGAUGAUGGCUCGCGGACUAACCCAAGAUGAAGACGACGAUUCGGCAACUUCAGCCUCAGAGGCGGAAGGCGAGUCUUUGAUGCUCGCAUCUAGGGGAUCCAUGCCUCGCAACAACCGUGGUUCAUUUAGCGCCGUUCUAUCCCCCUCAACAUCCAUGGACUCAAUGAAUGGCACUUCUCCAGGCCGACGGAAGAGAAGUGAUGCAUAUGCGCUUGGAUACGCCAACGGUGCGCACGCUCCCAACAUUGCCUCUGCGACAUCUUUUACCAGCACCACAUACAACGUGCCGGCCACCACCAGCGUGCCCAAGUCGUUCUUUGACGAUGGAUCGACACCGCCCCUGACCUGGAGCCUGCUCGUCACCAACAUGAAGCGCGCCAUUGACCGAUAUCGCGAAGCAAUCACCAACAACGCCCGCUCCGAAUACGUCGCUAGGGCCGAAGAUAUCUCCGACCAUCUCAGGCUACUCCUGGCCGCCGGCUCUGGGACAACAGAUAACCACUCCGGCCAACCCUCCAUCAUAUCCACCAACAAGGCGCUUUAUCCUCAUUUCCGCGACAUGAUGUCCAAAUUUUCGAAAUUGGUCAUUUCCUCUCACAUCGCAGCAGCCGACUGGCCCAACGCGGAAUCGGUUCAAAAGUGUCUGCAGGAAGCCGAUGGCGUCCUUCUCGGCGUGUUCAGCUAUGUCGAGGUUGCAAGGCAGCAGAGGGGAGAGGAUAUCCCCCGACUUUUCCCUGGUUUCGUUAUUGGUAGCACCUCUGGCGGAAGCUGGCAGAGUAAUGGACUGGACCAGCACGACUUGAUGUCCCCCAAUUUCCUCGACGACGAAGAGGGCAUGAUCGAGCCCACCGCUGUUCUUGACGGCAACAUGCUCGAGAGAUUGGACGAACACAAGCGAAUCCUCGUGUCCAGCAUUCGCGAGUUGGAAAAGAACCUCGUGGCCCCAGAGAAGAUUAUUAGCCCGCAUCGACACGAGCUUCUCGCUAACAACAUCUGCUUCGCCGGUAGCAAGGUUGUGGAGACGUUUAAGCCGUGGAUUGCCAUGAUUGAGUCUGUCGACCUCUCGUCGCUGGGCAAUACCUUCCAGACGCCGCAGUUGGAGGAUUUCAGCAUCAACAAGCAAUCCUUGUACGACAACAUUGCGGAUCUCGUUCUGAGCUGCCAAGCCGUUGCUGGGCCGUUGGCGGACGAAUGGUCAGAGGUACGGGGAGAGCCACUGGAAACUCGGCUCGACUACGUCCGCACUUGCGCUCGAGCGCUCGAGACAAACUCAUCACACACUGGAUUCUCGUUGCAGCUGCUGUCGGAGCAGGUUCUGAUCAACAUGCAGCAACAGCUGGCCAAGAAUUCCCGCCCGAUGCCGAGAGGCCAACUUCAGCGGGGAGAGACGAUGCCAUACGACAGGCCACACCAACGUUCAGAUUCGAGGACAGCACCCGUUCGACCACCGUUGAUCAGCGCGCAGUCGUACAGCGAGGGCGACGCCCCUGCUGGCUUUUCCAGAAAGGGCGAUUAUUCCAAGGUCAAGAAGAUCUUUGGAGAAGACCCGUCGCCUCAGCUGCAGCCAGAUGAAGAACUGCCCGAGUUCUUACACCUCGACUACGAAAACGACCUGUCUUGGGAUGCCAAGGCAACCAAGCCCACUGUCAAGGGAGGAUCCCUGCUAGCCCUUGUUGAACAGCUCACGCGCCAUGAUAAGCUCGAUUCGAGUUUUAACAACACCUUCCUCUUGACUUAUCGAUCCUUUACUUCUGCACGUGAGCUCUUCGAGAUGCUAGUGCAGCGGUUCAGCAUUCAACCUCCAGAGGGCCUCUCGCAGCAGGACUAUGAGAUGUGGCGGGACCGCAAACAGAAGCUCAUCCGAUUCCGUGUGGUCAAUAUCCUCAAGAAUUGGUUUGAUGCUUUCUGGAUGGAGGAGUUCAACGAUGAGUCUAAGCAGCUGAUCCGCGACGUGUAUACCUUUGCAAGAGACACGGUCAAGUCGACCGAGACCCCAGGCUCCGCGCCGCUGAUGGCCAUCCUAGAGCAGAGGCUCGGCGGCAAAGAGGCUGGUGCUCGACGCAUGGUCCAGACCCUGAACCAGAGCACGCCCACGCCCAUCGUCCCGAAGAACAUGAAGAAACUUAAGUUCUUGGACAUUGACGUGACAGAGUUUGCCCGCCAGUUGACGAUUAUCGAAUCCCGACUGUAUGGUAAGAUCAAGGCGACGGAGUGCUUGAACAAGACGUGGCAAAAGAAAAUCGGCGACGGCGACCCCGACGCGGCUCCCAACGUCAAGGCCCUCAUUCUUCACUCUAACCAGAUGACCAACUGGGUUGCGGAAAUGAUUUUGAACCAGCAAGAUGUCAAGAAGCGAGUCGUGGUCAUUAAACACUUUGUUUCUGUUGCCGACAAAUGCCGGGGCCUGAACAACUUCUCCACCCUUACAUCCAUCAUCUCUGCGUUGGGCACAGCCCCGAUUGCUCGUUUGAAGCGGACAUGGGAUCAAGUCCCCCAGCGAACCCUCGCCGUUCUCGAAACGAUGCGUCGACUUAUGGCUAGUACCAAGAACUUUGGCGAAUAUCGCGAGGCCCUUCACGUCGCCAACCCGCCUUGUAUUCCCUUCUUCGGUGUCUAUUUGACCGAUCUUACCUUUAUUGAGGAUGGUAUUCCCUCGGUGAUCAAGAAGACGAACCUCAUCAACUUUGCUAAGCGAGCAAAGACGGCUGAAGUUAUCCGUGACAUCCAGCAAUACCAGAACGUUGGGUACUCUCUGCAGCCAGUGCCCGAGUUACACGACUACAUUGUGAGCAAUAUGCAAGCUGCUGGAGAUGUACACGAAAUGUACGACAAGAGUCUGCAGAUCGAACCGCGCGAGCGUGAAGAUGAAAAAAUUGUGAGGGUGCUUGCUGAAUCCGGCUUCUUGUGA